CAAUUAAUAACAAAUUAAAAGUAAAUAUCAUAUACACCUAUAACAAAUUAAAAGUAUAUAUUACAAUUACAUCAUAAUCGAUCACAGAUUUAUUAGAAUAGUAACUUUGAUUUUUUAGCUUUAUGCACUUUAAAGAAAUCUAAAUCCCUUAUUUAUUAUUUCUCUUUCUAUUGCAACUCCUAAACACAAACCUCAAUUUCCAUGGCGAACUCUACCCUGACCUUCGCAUUCUUCCUCAUUCUAAUUCUCGCCGGAGAUACCUCCGCAAGAGACCUCCGUCCAUCAGAUCACGGCCUAGUCUUCCAGACACUCUCGCCGGCGGGGACACAUUCUUCGCCGGAGAUGCGAUCCUUCUUCAAUGGUGAUAACUCGUCGCAGCCAAUGUCGUCUUCCUCCGACGUGGCGGUGCCGAAGGCUAUCACCUCCAGAGACUCGACGCCGCCGCCGUGGUUGAUAAACUCCGGUGACGGCGGAGAUAGAGUGGGGAAGGUGCUGACGGUGGCAAGCAUAGCGUGCGGAAUCGCAGGCGCGAUUCUAAUUUUGGCUUCGGGUUUGAUUUAUGUUUUCAAAUACAGAAAGCAAAAACAAAACGCAGCGUUUCAUGGCAAAAACGAAUUUGAAAAUGACGAUAAUAACCAAUUAGUUGUACGCGACCCUUGAGUUGAGUAUUUGCAUUAGCAUUUGUGUUGUUCAUUUAUUUCAUUUCUUUGAUUCCACGUUGCAUGCAAAGGGUAGUAGUUUAGACUUUAGAUUUAUGAUUAAGAUAACUAUAGUUUUUAUUGUAAAUUGGAGUGAUGUACCCAAAAAAAGUGUAUUGUAGUGUAUUAUGAAUUGUCAAGCUGAUUUGAAAAGUUAUAAAAUUACCACAAAUCGUCAAAUAUGUA